AGUGGUGACCAGGUGGGUGUCCUAGCCUUCCUUUCCUCUUUUCUCUGGAGUUAGAAGUCCAACUAUCCAGAGAGACCUGUGCAUAACUAUGCCAGAGAAGGGGACCCAAACAGUAAUCAACACAUGGAAACAAAGGCCAAGGCCAGCCAGAUCUGAUUCUCCAGGAAAAGCCAAAAUUCCAGAUUAUUAUAUUAAAUCUGAAUUUCAAAUGUUGGCAAGCAAUUCAUGCUUUGGGGAAGCAGAACAGGGAAUGAUUCGGCAUGCCAGCUGUGGAUGCCUGGGCUCACAUCCUCUCUCUCUCUCCCAGAGUGACCUGGGACAAGUCACUUCACCACCUCUGAAGGGCCAAUCUUCUUCAUUAGGUUGUUCUGAGUAUAUAAUGUCAUAGUUCAUGGGAAGUACCUGCAAGAGGAUUGUCUCGACACUCAGUAAACAUUUGAUUGAUCUGUUAAAAACUGAGUGUUGGCCUUCCAGACCCAUCUGUGUACUGAAUCCGUUUGGUUCGCCAACUUUUUAUUGGUUUCAAGGGAAAGAGUCUUUUUUUUUUGAGACAGAGUCUCAAGCUAUAACUCUGGAUAGAGUGCCGUAGCAUCACAGCUCACAAUAAAUAACCUCUAAUGCUUGGGCUUAAGUGAUUCUCUUGCCUCAGCUUCCCAAGUAGCUGGGACAACAGGCACCCGCCACAACGCCCGGCUAUUUUUAGAAAUGAGGUCUCACUCUGGCUCAGGUUGGUCUCCAGCAAUCUCAGGCAAUCCACUCCACCUCCGCCUCCCAGAAAACUAGGAUUACAAAUGUGAGCCACUGCACCUGGCAAGAGAAAGAGUCUUUUUUUUUUUUUUUUUUUGAGACAGUCUCUCACUUUGUCAUCCUCAGUAGAGUGCCGUGGUGUCACACCUCACAGCAACCUCCAAGUCUUAGGCUUAGGCAAUUCUCUUGCCUCAGCCUCCCGAGUAGCUGGGACUACAGGCGCCUGCUACAAUGCCCAGCUAUUUUUGUUGUUGUUGCAGUUUGGCUGAGGCCGGGCUCGAACCCACCACCCUAGUAUAUGGGGUCGGUGCCCUACCCACUGAGUCACAGGUGCCAGCCAAGAGAAAGAGUCUUAAGUCCCACAUUUAAAUCCAUUUUAACUCACUUGGAUUUAAAAUAAACACCAAGUUGGCUAGGGGAAUAGGAUUUUAAAGGAUUUCUUUUGCUUGUCAGUUUUUCAAGUUUUAUCAAUGGUUCUUAUUUGGUACAGUUUAAUUCAUAAGCAACCCCCCAAUUUAAAAAAUUAUGACAGGCCAGGGACUGUGGCUCACACCUGUAAUUCUUGUACUCUGGGAGGCCAAAGUGGAUGGAUCACAUGAGCUCAAGAGUUUGAGACCAGCCUGAGCAAGAGCGAGACCAUGUCUCUACUAAAAAUAGAAAAACUAGCUGGGCGUUGUGGCAGGAACUUGUAGUUCCAGCUAUUCGGGAGGCUGAGGCAGGAAGAUCUCUUGAGCCCAAGAGUUUGAGGUUGCUGUGAGCCAUAAUGAUACCAUGGUACUCUAUCGAGGGUGAUGGAGUGAGACUCUGUCUCAGAAAUAAAAUAUAGCUACUCAGGAAGUUGAGGCAAGAGGAUUGCUUGAACCCAGGAGUUGGAGGUUGUUGGGAGCUAUGAUGUGAGAGCACUCUACCCAAGGCUACAGAGUAAGACUAUGUCUCAAAAAAUAAAUAGAUAAUAUGAUAAUAAAAUGAUUUAAAAAAAACUUGUGAUGGGCGGUGCCUGUGGCUCAGUCAGUAAGGCGCCAGCCCCGUAUACCGAGGGUGGUGGGUUCAAACCCAGCCCCGGCCAAACUGCAACCAAAAAAUAGCUGGGCAUCGUGGCGGGCGCCUGUAGUCCCAGCUACUCGGGAGGGUGAGGCAAGAGAAUCGCUUAAGCCCAGGAGUUGGAGGUUGCUGUGAGCUGUGUGAGGCCACAGCACUCUACCGAGGGCCAUAAAGUGAGACUCUGUCUCUACAAAAAAAAAAAACAAAAACUUGUGGGCAGCGCCUGUGGCUCAAAGGGGUAAGGCGCUGGUCCCAUAUGCUGGAGGUGGCGGGUUCAAACCCAGCCCUGGCCAAAAACCACAAAAAAAAAAAAAACAACUUGUGAUAAAAUAUAUGUAACAUUUACCAUCUUAGCUUACCAACUUCAUAUCUAGUACACUGCUCAGUGGCAUUAAACACUCUCACUUUGUGGUGGUACCUGUGGCUCAGUGAGUAGGGCACCCGCCCCAUAUACUGAGGGUGGCAGGUUCAAACCCAGCCCCGGCUGAACUGCAACCAAAAAAUAGCCGGGCGUUGUGGCGGGCUCCUGUAGUCCCAGCUGCUCGGGAGGCUGAGGCAGGAGAAUCGCUGAAGCCCAAGAGCUAGAGGUUGCUGUGAGUCCUGUGACAUUAUGGCACUCUACUGAAGGCAGUAAAGUGAGACUCUGUCUCUACCAAAAAAAAAAAACACUCUCACUUUGUGUUUGUGUCUCUUCACCACCCUUCCUCCCCAACCUUUCUCAUCUUCUGAAACUGAAAGUCUGUCCACAUGAAACACCAACUCCCCAACCUUCCUCAGCCCCUGGUACCCACCAUUCUAUUCUACUUUCUGUCCUUGUGAUCUGGGAUCUUCUAUGAGUAAAAUCAUGUAGUAUCUGAACUUUUGGGUCUGGCUUAUUUCAUGGAGCAUGGUGUCUUCAAGGUUCAUCCAUGUUGUAGCAACCGUCAGAAUCAAUUGAUGAAGUUUUUUUGGGUUUUUUUUUUUUGAGACAAAGCCUCAAGCUGUUGCCCUGGGUAGAGUGCUGUGGCGUCACAGCUCACAGCAACCUCAAACUCCUGGGCCUAAGCGAUUCUCUUGCCUCAGCCUCCCAAGUAGCUGGAACUACAGGCACCCGCCACAACGCCUGGCCAUUUUUUGUUUGCAGCUGUCAUUGUUUGGCGAGCCCAGGCUGGAUUCGAACCCGCCAACUCUGGUGUAUGUGGCUGGCACCUUAGCCGCUUGAGCCACAGGUGCCGAGCCAAUUGAUAAAGUUUUUAUUCUAUCUCCCCACACGAGAUGCCUGCAGAGCUGUGCACACGGAAAGCAAGUGCUGACUGAGUUGACUGCACCUUGCUUCACCCUUCAUUUUUACAUCCGGGGAAUCCCAGGUCUUAAGGGAGGUGGACAACCAUCAUGGUCACUGAGCAGAGAUGCCAUCUGAGUCCUGGUCUUGGGAGAAGCCCCUUUGGUGCCACCAGCCCACAGAGCUCUAGACAUGUGGCAGCAGUAACAGUGGCCUUUCCUGGAUGGUUCCUUUCCUGUCUUGGGGCCGCUGUGUACUGCUUCUCAGGGGCUCUUUCUUAGGUCUUUUUUUUUUGAGUCAGAGUCUCAAGCUGUCACCCUAGGUAGAGUGCUGUGACGUCACAGCUCACAGCAACCUCAAACUCUUGGGCUUAAGCAAUUCUCUUGCCUCAGCCUCCCAAGUAGCUGGGACUACAGGCACUCGAUGCAACGCCCACCUAUUUUUUGUUGCAGUUGUCAUUGUUGUUUACCUGGCCCAGGCGGGGUUCAAACCCUCCAGCCUCAGUGUAUGUGGCCAGUGCUAUACCACUGUGCUAUGGGCACUGAGCCCCUUUCUUAGGUCUUGCCCAAUCAAGGUAUAGUUGGUGGUCCAGGCAGCCCAGCACUCUGAGACCCCAGGGUCAUCGUGGAUCUGUUCCUUGGCCCCUUUGCUGGUGGCUUCUAUCCCUGCUGGCAGCUCAGAGGCCUAAAGGUCUCAUUUCCCCUUCUCCCCUAUGUCUCUGGACACAUCUCAACCCAGACCUUCCCAGACUAAAGGCCAGAUCAAAGCAGGCCUUCACAAAGAGAAUACCGCCAUUUCCCCAAAGGGCAACCUCCAGGGACAUGGCCUUUCUUCAGGCCUCCCAGAGUAAAUGGGGAUCCUUCCUGGGACCACCUCUGGUAGGAGCUGGGCUUGACAGAGGCGAGACAUAGCAGGUCAUCAUGGUCCCUUGCUGACCCUGUAACCCCUCUUCUUAGUAGACAAGCCUUUGACACUGGAGAGCCACAGCAGUAGGACUUAAAUAUGUCACAGCCAGCACCUUGGUUGGUUCCAAGAACAUAAACUUACCAAGCCUUCCAUCAAGCAGACCCUGAUUCCUGGUGGCACAUGGCCAAGACCUUGGCAUAGACUAGGUGGGACAGAGAGUUCUGGACUCUGAAACCUGCAGAGGUCAAAGAGGAUGGCCCAGGAGGCCCUCUCCAGGGCCGAACAGUCUACAAAGGCUAAGACUCAGGGUUUUGGGCUCUGUUCACCAGGCUGUGGGUGCACCUAGCCCUUUUUCAAAGCUGCCUUGAGCAUUUCUGCAUCCCCAGCCUUUCUCAGUUUCUUUCCUUUUGUAUUUUUUUUUUUUUAAAGGAGACAGGCUCGGCACCUGUAGCUCAGUGAGUAGGGCACCAGCCACAUACACCAAAGCUGGCAGGUUUGAGCCCGGCCUGGACCUGCUAAACAUAAUGACAACAGCAGCCAAAAAAAUAGCCAGGCAUUGUGGCAGGUGCCUGUAGUCCCACUAAGUGACAUAGUGAGACUCUAUCUCAAAAAAAUAAAGGAGACAGGGUCUCACUCUGUCACCUAGGCUGGAGUGCAGUGGCAUCAUCAUAGCUCACUACAGCCUCAAACUCCUGGGCUUAAGUGAUCCUCCUGCCUCAGCCUCCUGUGUAGCUGGAAACACAGAUGCAUGCCACCAUCUGGCUAAUUUAUUUAAAUUCUGCAGAGUUGGGAUUUUGUUUUUUGGGUUUUUUUUUUAGAGACAGAGUCUCACUUUAUCACCCUUGGUAGAGUGCCAUGGCGUCACACAGCUCACAGCAACCUCCAACUCCUGGGCUUAGGCGAUCCUCUUGCCUCAGCCUCCCAAGUAGCUGGGACUACAGGCUCCUGCCACAACACCUGGCUAGAGUUGGGAUCUUGAUUAUGCCACAGCACUCCAGCCUGGGUGACAGAGCAAGAUCCCGUCUUUUCAAAAAAAAAAAAAAAAAAAGGGCGGCGCCUCUGCUCAGUGAGUAGGGUGCCAGCCCCAUAUACCAAGGGUGGGAGGGUGGCAGGUUCGAACCCAGCCCCAGCCAAACUGCACUCUACCCAGGGCAAUAAAGUGAGACUGUCUCUAAAAAAAAAAAAGCAUCUUUCUCACAGGCUUAUUAUGAGAAUGAGAUAAAGUAACUCUGAUGGGUCUAUGAAACCAGGGUAUGGUGCCCCAUGAUCACAUUAAUGUACACAGCUAUGAUUUAAUAAUAAUAAUAAAAAAGUAACCCUGAUGUUGCUCUUAGAAUAGUAAGUAGUCAAUAAAUAUUAAGCUUUGGGGUUUUUUCCUCCUUUUUUCUCUGAAUUUGCUUUUCCCAAGUUUUCCAGGGUUUCCAAGAACAAAGCCUGAACCGUCAUGGCUUUUCCUCAACAUUCUCAUCAUUUCUAUUUCCCUGAGUUGGUUCCUGGAGUUCUUUUUUGGUUAACGUUUUGAGUGUGUGUGUGUGUCUGUGGUGAGGAAAGAGGGUGGGACCAGGGCGUGUGUGGAGUGUGGCCCUUGUCUGAGAAGAUAGCAGACCCAGGCUGAGAAGAAAGCAGCCAGGCCCAACCCUAUAGCAGGAAAGUCUGAGAAAAGAAUAAACAACAUUAUUGCUGAGGGCAAACUAGUGUUAUCUGGAAAAUAGCUCCUCUCAGCGCAUCCCAAGGAUGUCUGCUUUCUGGGCAGAAAUAUUUGUGAAACAAUGACUCAAGUGCUGGACAGCCUCUGGGCCUAUUGCAGCCACGCCCCCACCUCUUGAGCUGCCCCAGGAGGGACCCAGAAUUACCAAGGACUGCAGACUUUCCCGAGGCAGCUUCCUGUGGGUGAUUUUUAUGUCUGUUUUCUUCCUACAAGAACAGAGGAGCAGUGAUGGUCCCUUCUGCCGGAUCUGCCAUGAGGGAGCAAAUGGUGAGAAUUUACUGUCUCCAUGUGGCUGUACUGGCACUCUGGGUGCCGUGCACAAGAGCUGUCUAGAGAGGUGGCUCUCCUCAUCCAACACCAGCUACUGUGAGCUGUGCCACACGGAGUUUGCAGUGGAGAAGCGGCCCCGGCCCCUCACAGAGUGGCUGAAGGACCCCGGGCCGCGGACGGAGAAGCGAACGCUGUGCUGUGAUAUGGUGUGCUUCUUGUUCAUCACACCGCUGGCUGCCAUCUCCGGCUGGCUGUGCCUGCGUGGGGCCCAGGACCACCUGCGGUUGCACAGCCGGCUCGAGGCCGUGGGGCUCAUCGCUCUCACCAUUGCCCUCUUUACCAUCUAUGUCCUCUGGACGCUGAGUCUCACUCCAUCAUCCUGGGUAGAGUGCCAUGGUAUCGUCAUAGUUCACAGCAACCUCAAACUCUUGGGCUCAAGAGAUCUUCUUGCCUCAGCCUCUGGAGUAGCUGGGACUACAGGCUCCUGCCACAACAUCUGGCUAAUUUUUCUAUUUUUAGUAGAGAUGUGGUCUCGUUUUUGCUCAUCAAGCAAUCCACCCACCUCGGCCUCCCAGAGUGGUCUCCUUCCGCUACCAUUGCCAGUUGUACUCUGAGUGGAGAAGGACCAACCAGAAAGUGCGCCUGAAGAUACGGGAUGUGGAUGGUUCCGAGGGUUCCCAGCACUCCCCACUGGCAGCUGGACUCCUGAAGAAGGUGGCUGAGGAGACACCUGUGUGAAGGCAGGCCAGCAGAGUCCUGUGGGAGAGAGGCCAGAGGUAGCUGGCCACACUCUGGCCUUUGGAAGGAUGGAAACUGCCUGACUCUUCCUGCAGGAGAAUGCUUCUUAGGCCAAGAGAUACCAAGUGGACCCUAUUCUGUGAUCAUGUGUGAAUAUAUUUUCAGGUUUUUUGCACACUAUUGUGCAUGACAAAGACAGAUGGACAUGGUCCUGAGCUUUAGAUGGAACAGACACUCUGAUCUCAUUUUGAGAUCUAUUUGGCACCUUCUGGGCCAACCACUGUGGCCAGUGUGUGAAGGUACGCUUUGGGCUAGAAGAUUCUAUUAAGCUUCUUGCGCUUUUCUGCACCUGGCAGGCUCGCUUUCCUGACACCCUUGACUUUAUAUAAAGUUGCACUGUGUUUCAAAAAUCCAUCCCUCAAUGAAUAAAAGGAGCCCUUUGCAGGACAAAAUGGA